UCUGGGGACAUCAACUCCGCCCCACCUCCUCGGCACCACUUUGCCGAUCGAUAGUUCGGAGUUGCCACUUCCAAGCUUUUGACUCCGUCGAUUCCGAUUCUGGCUGGCCGACGGCUUUUAUCCGGUGGUCUCCACCUCAAUGAACGCAUGCAUUGCUUCAUAAUGCUGACCUCCUCCGACACCUUUUCACAGCCAGUCUCAUAGCUAAACUCAUCGCUGAGCCACUCUUCAGGAACCAACAAGGACGCAUAUCAAAAGAAUCAACAUGACAGGCAUCGCGUUACUUGGAGCAGGCAUCUUUGCCCGCGAGGAGCACCUCCCCGCGAUAGAAGCCCACCCGGGCCUAGCGCUCAAAGCAGUCUACUCGCGCUCGCAGCAAUCGGCCGAGACGCUGGCCGCGCUCUCCAAGGACCCGGUCUCGGUCGCCAUCUACUAUGACAGCCCCGCGGUCGCGGGCCGGUCGCUCGCCGACCUGCUCGCGCGCGACGACAUCGCCGCCGUCGACGUGGUCCUGCCCAUCCUGGAGCAGCCGGGCGUGGUGGAGCGCGCCAUCCGGGCGGGCAAGCACGUGCUGUCGGAGAAGCCCGUCGCGGGCGACGUGGACCGCGCGCAGGCGCUGAUCCGGUGGUAUGAAGGGUUCGGGUUCGGGUCCGGCGCAGAGGAAGGGAAGAAAAGGCCGCUCUGGGGCGUGGCCGAGAAUUUCCGGUUUAUGGAGUCGCUGCAGUAUGCGGCGCAGAGGGUGCGGGAGAUCGGGGGCGACUUGGUGACCUUUCGGUUGCAGCAGAAUGCCUACAUCAGGCCCGAGAAUAAGUACCUCAACACGGAAUGGCGGAAAACUCCGGAGCAUCAAGGUGGUUUCCUUCUCGAUGGCGGCGUCCACUUCGUCGCCGGCCUGCGAUGCCUCCUCGGUGCGACGGGCGCAAACAUCAGGCAGCUAGCCGGUUUCACAGCACUCCUGAACCAGCAAUUGGCCCCUGUCGACACCGUCCAUGCUGUGGCCGUCACGGAAAACGGCAAGAGUGGAACUAUUGGGCUAUCAUUCGGCACCGAGUUCAAGUCCCUGCUGGAAGUUGAGGUCGUCACGACGAAUGGCGCGGUGACUUGGAACCCGACCGAGGUGAAGACGGUGGCCGGGAAAGGCGAUGGGAGCAGCGAAAAGGUCGAGGAGAAGAAGGAGUUCACUUACAGCUCCGGUGUCAAGGCAGAGGUUGCUGCGUUUGCCAAGGCAAUCGAGGCCGGCAAGGUCAAUGCUCUGCAGACACCCUCUGAGGCACUAAAGGACCUUGAGAUUCUACAGCGGUUGCUGGAGUCGGGUGCCGGCGGCGCCACGGUGAAGACCAUUGGUCUGUAAGCAGGAUAUUAGAUGGGCAAUUGCAGGAUGCUCUUGAGCACAGUACUAGGAUUAGGCAUGAGGUUGGGUAAGAGGCUAGAACCAGUGCCAGGUCCGUUGGAUGGACACAGGCCCUUAUAAGGGGUUCAGGGGACUAGGCCACAUCGCCAAACUCUCAAAGCACCCUCCACGCAUGAGUUGCUGCAUACCUGUACGGUCCUCGUAAGACACAUAGGGCCGAACUCGACACAUCCAGUCUGUAAAUACUAUGACAUCCGGUCAUUUCGCAAGACCGUGGCGGCUUUGGAUUUGCUAAUAGUAUCAUCAGGUUGAGGGGGAGAGCAUGUUUUGCGCAAGUAUCUCUGCCUUGCGCGCGGGUCAUGCGGACGCGAAGACUUCGGAGACGACAAUCAAAGCCGUUGAUUCGAUUGCAAGACUAAAUACGGAGUAGCCUUAGACAUCCGCAUGCAAACUUAACAGCAC